AUGGCGACGCCGUUCCCUCGCGUGCCCGCACAACCGGAGGGGCAUGAGCGCCAUGUGCGUGAGAGUGUCCUGAUGAAAGUGACGAACGAGUCGCAUCCUGACAAGAUCCUUCCGCGAGACAACGAAGAAAAUGUGUUGGUGACGUCAGCGCUACCGUACGUGAACAAUGUGCCGCACCUAGGCAACAUUAUUGGAUCGACGCUAUCGGCGGAUGUGUACGCGCGGUAUUCGCGUACGCAGAACCGCAACACCCUGUACAUUUGUGGUACCGAUGAGUACGGUACGGCGACAGAGACCAAAGCGUUAGAAGAGGGUGUCUCGCCGCAGGCGCUGUGUGACAAGUACCAUGCGCUGCAUGCCCAGGUGUAUGAAUGGUUCCAGAUUGGUUUUGAUUACUUUGGACGUACGUCGACGCCGAAGCAGACGGAUAUUGCGCAGGACAUAUUCCUCAAGCUCUAUGACAACCAGUAUCUGGAAGAGCACACGAUGCGCCAACUGUACUGUGGCACCUGUGAGCGAUUCCUGGCGGACCGCUACGUGAAUGGUAUCUGUCCGAAGUGUGACUAUGACGACGCACGUGGUGAUCAGUGCGACAAGUGCGGACAGCUGCUCGAUGCGAUCGAGCUCAAAGAGCCCAAGUGCAAGCUGUGCAAGGGCACGCCACAGGAGCGUGAGUCGAAGCACAUGUUCCUCCGUAUCGAUACGCUACAGCCCCAGACGGAGGCAUGGGUGUCGGAGAUGUCGAAGAAGGGCCACUGGUCGUCGAAUGGCACGUUUAUUACCGAGUCGUGGUUCAAAGAGGGUCUGCGUCCGUUUUCGCUGAGUCGUGACCUCAAAUGGGGUGUGCCUGUGCCGCUGAAGGGAUACGAAGACAAGGUGUUGUAUGUAUGGUUUGAUGCGCCGAUUGGCUAUCCGAGUAUCACGGCGAACUACACGAGCGACUGGGAGAAGUGGUGGAAGAACCCUGAGCAGGUGCGCCUGUUCCAGUUCAUGGGCAAGGACAAUGUGCGAUUCCACACGGUCAUUUUCCCGUCGUGCCUGAUCGGCACGAAGGACAAGUGGACGCUCCUGCACCACAUCAACACGGCCGAGUACCUCCAGUACGAGGGCGGCAAGUUUUCCAAGUCGCGGAAUAUUGGCGUGUUUGGCGACAGGGCGAAGGACAUUGGCGUGUCGCCGAGCGUGUGGCGCUACUACUUGCUCUCGACGCGGCCCGAGUCGUCGGAUAGCCAGUUUGUGUGGCACGACUUUGUGACGCGGAACAACUCGGAGCUGCUCAAGAACCUGGGCAACUUUGUGAACCGUAUCAUGACCUUUAUGAAGAAGUACGAGGCGCGCCUUCCGCCGGUGCCGGAAGGUACGUUGCUGCGGACGGAUGCGCCGCUUCCGGCGACGAGUGACGGCACGCCGUGGGGCGAUCUUGUGGCCAAGUUUGUGGCGGAUGUCAACGCGAUCCUGGCCAAGUACACGGAGUAUAUGGAUGUCGGAAAGAUGCGUGCGGGUCUGAUGACCAUGAUGGAGCUCUCUGCGCGUGGCAAUCUGCUGCUGUCCGAUGCCGGUCUCGAUAACACGCUGUUUUCCGAGCACCGCGACCGGUGUGACGCGGUGAUUCUGCUGGCCACGAACCUGAUCUGGGUGCUGACGGCGCUCGUGCAUCCGUUCAUGCCCGCGACGAGUGACGAUAUGCUGGCGCAGCUGAAUGCGCCGCCACGUGCGCUGCCCAAGGACCAUGCGUUUGCGCUGGAUCUGCUGCCUGGCCACAUGGUCGGGAAGGCGGCGCACCUGUUCAAGAACAUCGACGAGAAGCAGGCGGCGGCGUGGAAAGCGCAGUUCGGUGGUGACAGUUCAGCGGAGGAAGAGAAGCCGGCGAUGAGCAAGAAGCAGGCGGCGAAGGCGCGCAAGGCGGCGGAGAAGGCCAAGGCGGCGGCCAUGCCGCAGACGCCCGAGGUGCUAGCGCUGGAUGCGCGUGUCAAGGAGCAGGGCGAGAAAGUCCGCGCGCUCAAGGCGGCGGCCGAUGUGCCGCAGGCCGAGGUGGACACGGCGUUGCAGACGCUGCUUUCGCUCAAGACCGAGCUGCAAUCGGCGGUGGAUGCGGCGCUCGCCCAGCAGGCGGCGUCUGUGCAGCUGUCGACGGCGUAG